UAUAAGCCCCAGUUGGACGCUGUUCAAAUCAGUUCACCGCCAAUUACGGUAUCUAGAGCAACCCAAUCCAACCAAUCUAAAAUGGCAUUCAAAUUCACCCUUCUGUUCGCCGCCUGCAUUGCCGUGGCUAGCGCUGGCAUCAUCCCCGCCGCUGCUCCCUUGGCCGCCGUUGCCCAGGUGGAGGAGUACGACCCCCAUCCCCAGUACACCUACGGCUAUGAUGUCAAGGACGCCAUCUCCGGCGACUCGAAGACCCAAGUGGAGAGCCGCGACGGCGACAUUGUCCAGGGCCAGUACUCGCUGAACGACGCCGAUGGCUACCGUCGCAUUGUGGACUACACCGCCGACCCCAUCAACGGAUUCAACGCCGUCGUCCGCCGUGAGCCCCUCGUUGCCGCUGUUGCCACCGCUCCCGUUGUUGCUGCCCCCGCCCCGGUGGUCCGUGCUGCUGCUCCCGUUGCCGUUGCUGCCCCAGUAGCUGCUCCCAUUGUCCGUGCCGCUCCUCUGGCUGCUGCCUACGCCGCCGCUCCGGCUCCCCUGGCCUAUGCCGCCCCAGCGCCCAUCGUCAAGGCCGCCGUCGCCGCUCCUCUGGUCGCUGCCGGACCCGCCAUCGUCAAGACCCAGUUCGCUUCGCCUCUUAUCUCGUACGCCUAUUAUCAGCAACAAGGGGGCUUAGUGGUGCUGGUGGUAGGCCACCGGGAUGGGGGCAGCAGCCACGGGCACAGCCACUGGAGCCACGGUCUUGACCACGGUCUUCACAUGCUCGAGGGGCACACGGUUGACGACGGCGUUGAAUCCGUUGACGGGAUCGGAGGUGUACUGGACGAUGCGCUUGAAGCCAUCGGCAUCGAUCAGGGAGUACUCGCCAUGGACCACAUCGCCGUCACGCUCCUCCACCUGGCUCUUGGAGUCUCCAGAGAUGGCAUCCUGGACAUCGUAGGCGUACUUGUACUGGGGAUGGGGAUCGUACUCGUCGGUGGCCUUGGCCAGAACGGGCUGGGCAUGGGCGACAGCCACUGGGGCGUGGGCGUAGGCCACGGCGGGAGCCGGAGCGUGGUAGAUGGGCUGGACGGGAAGGACACCAGCACUAGCGGCCGCAACGAGGGCGAGAACAGCGAAGAACUGAAAAAUGGGAGCAGCCACGGCCAAAGGAGCCGAGCGCACAAUUGGAGCAGAGAUGGCGGGGGCAGCAACGGCAACGGGGGCGGCGGCCUUGACAAGUGGGGCAGAGAUCACCGGUUCGGCUUCCACAACGGCGGCGAUGGGCUCACGGCGGACCACGGCGUUGAAUCCGUUGACGGGAUCGGCGGUGUAGGUGACAGUGCGCUUGAAGCCAUCGGCAUCGAUCAGGGAGUAUUCUCCGCGGACAAUGUCUCCGUCGCGCUCCUCCACGUGUCCCUUGUUGUCGCCGGAGAGGGUGUCCUGGACGUCGUAGCUGUACGACUGACUGCCGGACCAGUAGCCAUCACAGUUGACUUCGCCCUCCCAGCAGCAACCACAGCUACCACACCACUAAAAAUGGCUUUCAAGUUCAUCGCCCUCUUCGCUCUCAUCGCCGCCGCCAACGCUGGCGUCCUGCCUGCCGCCCAGGUUUACCACGCCGCCCCCGCUGUGGCCACCUACGCCGCCCCGGCUGUGGCCACCUACGCCGCUCCUGCUGUGGUCAAGACCGUGGCCCACGCCCCUGUUCUGGCCAAGGCCGAUGAUGAGUACGAUCCCCAUCCCCAGUACAAGUACGCUUACGAUGUCCAGGACUCCCUCUCCGGAGACUCCAAGAGCCAGGUGGAGGAGCGCGAUGGCGAUGUGGUCCGCGGCGAGUACUCCCUGAUCGACUCUGAUGGCUUCAAGCGCACCGUCCAGUACACCGCCGACCCCAUCAACGGAUUCAACGCCGUCGUGAACCGUGAACCCCUCGUCAAGGCCGUCGCUGUUGCUCCCGUUGUCAAGACCAUCGCCCCUGUGGCCACCUAUGCCGCUCCUGCCCACUACGCUGCCCCCGCUGUGGUCAAGACCUUGGCUCCAGUUGCCCACUACGCCGCUCCAGCUGUCGUGAAGACUGUCGCCCCCGUUGCCACCUAUGCCGCUCCUGCCCACUACGCCGCUCCCGCCGUGGUCAAGACUGUGGCUCCCGUUGCCCACUAUGCCGCCCCCGCUGCCUACACCUCGUAUGCCGCCCCUGCUGUUGCCUACCACCACUAAGAACGGAUAUUUCACCCAAAACCCACUCUUUUUGUUAUAGUUA